UACAAUCUCUCUCUAGAUUCUCUCUCUAGUUCAUAUACAUUUUCUCUCUCUAAUACUAGUAUUUGCAUUGUAUAUAGGCAAAGUUCUGAUUAAUGGGUGUCUGAAUCUGUUGGAAAGACCUUCCCUUUGUUUUUUCUUUUCCCCAAACAUGUCCUUCUGUCCUGUUAUAUCAUUUCCUUUGUCUCUCCAUUCUUAAAUGUCUGCAAUCCACGAAAAGAAGUGCGAGAAAUGAGCGCGACCCGAAACUUCAACCGAGCUCACUUCUCCCGCCAAACGCACCAACACAAGCACGCAUGAGUGGGUCUCAUCUUCGAGUCGGUACCCUGGAUCUUUGAUUUUGACACAUGACGCGUUUGUUUCUAAUUUCCGCUUUCGCUUUCUUUGCGUUCCGGGUCCUUUUUUAUUUUUUCUUCUUUCUUUUUUGUUCGUCUUUUGUUUAAGGUUUUUUUUUUUUUUUGGUGUGUGUGUUUGGAGUGGCGAAGAGAAUGCGACAGUGUCGAACCUUUUGUGAGCUUCUAGGGUUUUUGAGUGAUUUCGGAAUUCAAUGGCAGGGUGGUUGAUGAUAGCUGAUGGGGUUCCAGAUUGCGCUGAAAUAGAUAAGGUCGGGGUGAACGAGUUUCGCGACCAUUUAGAUCCGGUUUCAGGUCAUCUCCGGAACAAACCGACAGAAGGCAAGUUCGACGAGUUUCUUCAAUUGGUUUCGUGGUUUUUUCCAGGAGAUCUCCCACUGGUCUAAUGGUCUUGACACGUCUUGGCCUCGAAUGCUUGGACAGAUACAUUAUGUUGGUUCGGAGCUAUCGUAGAUGGUUUAAGCUCUUCAUUACAGUGUGCCGAGAAGGAUCUUUAUAUUGCCUUUCUGGAGAUUGGGUUGCGUGAUUUGGUGGCUAAAUUUGGAGUGCUCUGUUCAAAACUUGUCGUCUCAGCUUCAGAGUUCUCAUAUCAAUUUCAGUUUAGAUAUUUUCGGGUGGGUUAAUAAUGGUGGUGGACAAGGAUCUUAGAGGACAUUUCAUGGAGACCUUGAAUCAAAAGAAGAAUGAUGAGGAAUGCAUGCCCUCUGUAUUGACGUUCAAGAUCAACUCUGGAGAUGACGAUGGCAUGGGGAAUGUGGACGAGACCAAGAGCAUGGAGCUAGAAUCCAAUGGAAGCAAGAUCAGUGUCGAGGAUGAAGACUUGAUGAUUUCAGACUCGAAGGAAAGCGCAGCGUGUUCUGCAGGUGGCGGAGCACGUAAUGAAGUCGAUACGGAAAGUGAAGUAGUGGAGGGAGAUGCAGUGAAUAAGAAAACCAGAGCUUCUUUAAAACGAGCUCGUGACAGUAUUUACGAAGAAGAUUCAGUGGGGUCGAAUUGGAAAAAGAAGAGUCCUGUAGGGCAACAGGAUUAUGAGUCAAUUGGCAUAGCUGCUGAAUCAGAUGGAGGCAACAUAUAUAGCAGUCAGGGUGAUUUCAUAAUUCUGGAUCCGGAAGUGUCUGGAGAGGAAUCUGCUUGUGUUGUGGACAAGACUCCACUAUGGGCGAUGCUUAACUGGCUCAAUGGGAUUGCAAAAGACCCACGUGAUCCAGAAAUUGGUUCUUUACCGGACCUGUCCAAAUGGAAUGUCUAUGGAAGCGACAAAUUGUGGAAACAGGUUUUGUUGUCUCGGGAGGCUCUCUUAUUGGAAAGACACAGAACUCUGAGUGCCAAAAGAUUAGUCUGGCAGAAAAAUCAGAAGAUGCACCCAAGCAUGUAUGAAGAUCGCGAUGGCUCUGGUUAUAAACUGAGAGAGAGACAGUUUGAGGAGAGUUUUCUCCUCAAAGCUUCAAGCAAGAAGGUGAAAAACGUUUCGGAUACUUUCUUGUCAGGAUGUCAUGGUACUGAAGAACACAUUGAUAACACUAUCAAGAAUGGAGACUCCAGUUCCUCAUCUGCAGGUUCUCUAUUUGACAAUCAGGGACAAGAGGAAGUUCCUCUGGGUUCUGAAUUUCAAGCUGAAGUGCCAGAGUGGUCUGGGGUAACUUUUGAAAGUGACUCUAAAUGGCUGGGAACCCCAAUUUGGCCUUUGAAAAAUACACAGAGAAGAUCUAUAAUUGAAAGGGAACCUAUGGGAAAGGGAAGGCAAGAUUCAUGUGGAUGUCAAGUUCGAGGUUCUGCUGAAUGUGUUAGAUUUCACAUUGCCGAGAAAAGCAAAAGAUUGAACCUGGAACUUGGCCCAGCUUUCCACAUUUUCAAGUUUGACAAAAUGGGCGAAGAAGUCAAACAUUCCUGGACAAGUCAAGAACAGGAGAAAUUUGCUGCCAUAGUGAGGUUGAAUCCCCCUUCUCAAGGUAAGUGUUUCUGGGAUCAAAUGUUCAAGGAUCUUCCUUCCAAAAGCAGGGUUGAAUUGGUUAGCUACUACUUUAAUGUCUUUCUCAUGCUACGAAGGAGAAAUCAGAACAGUUUCACUCCCCUUAACAUUGAUAGCGAUGACGAUGAGUGGGAACCUGGUUCUGUUGUUCGUGUUGUUGGCCACCAAGAGAUCAGGUCGUCAGGCUCCAUUUUUUAUUCGCCAACGAAGCCACAUUCUAGGUGUAGAUGAUGCUAAGUUUCUUCUGAAGCGUAGACUUUGCCGAGAGCUGCCGAUCUGGUCGUUCUUCUGCAGUUCAGUGCCUCGGCAAAAACUCUGUUUUUGGGUCAUAGCUAUAGUGUAAUAUUACAGGAUAAUCAUGCUUAGCUCUGAUAGAGAGAAAAAAAUGUGAAGCAUUGAUAUACGGUAUAAGCUGUAUAGCGCAAGAAGUUACGUUGCAGUCGAGUCAUUUUGUUUUUCAGGCAUACAACUCUUGAAGGUAUACUUCCUGUUGAUUUCUCAUGACUAACAACACCGGAAACGGGUCUCCUGUUUCUUCUUU